AUGAACAAUAACAAUAUCAACAAUAUCGAUCUUGAGGCUGGACUAGAUAGCCCAGCCACUAUUUCCAGAACUACUCCAGUCAAAAAUGGCGACGACAGCAAUAGUAUCUCAUCAGCCACACUGGUACAUCCUAGCAACUCGUACCUGGCAUUCCGUAUUCGUCACUUUUCUCCAGCAUGGUUCUCUGCCGUUAUGGGUUUAGGUGUUUCUUCUGCCAUUUUGUACUCAUUCCCCUUCCCCCAUGAGGGUCUUCGUAUCGCUGGUAUGGCUGUUUGGGGUAUCAACGUUUUGUUUUUCACUCUUUGCUUAACAAUGUUUGUUCUCCGAUUCAUUUUAUAUCCUGAGCAACUUAAGCGCAUGCUUCUGCAUCCUGGUCAGUCCAUGUUUUUGGGCUGUCUGCCUAUGGGCUUUGCCACUAUAAUUAACGUUCUCCAUCUCAUGUCACAGGACUACGAUAUGCCUGGGACCUGGGUCGCUUGCUAUGUCAUGUGGUGGAUCGACACUUUCCUUUCUAUUGCAUCCUGCUGGGGUGUUUGCUACCUCAUGUUUGUGUACCAAAAACGUCCUAACUUGGAAGCCAUUAAUCCUACCAUCUUCUUGCCCAUUGUUCCUCUUGUGGUUGCAUCUGCCACUGGUGCACUUAUCGCAACAUCACUGCCACAGUCUCUAAAGGCAAGCACUCUUAUUGUGUCUUUUAUGAUGUGGGCAAAUGGUCAGUUGCUUGCUAUUGCCUGUAUGGCUAUUUACCUUGCCCGGUUGUUUCUCAAGUCCACUCAGCCCGGUGCCAUUAUUCUUUCCACUCUUCUUCCUGUUGGGCCUAUGGGACAAGGUGCCUUUGGUAUCUUGCUUCUUGGAGACUUGUACAAGCAGGUCUUUGCUCCAUAUUCUACCAAACACUACACUGGUAUCAUUGAAGUCACACCGCAAUCCGUGGAUGCAAUUUCUUUUGUUACUAUGGCUGUUGCUCUGUUUUUAAUUGGCGUUGGCCUGUUUUGGCUCACCUUGGCAGCCUUCUUUACACUGACUACCCCUCCUCCUGGAUAUAACAUGUCAUGGUGGGCCACGACUUUCCCUAUUGGCACAAUGGCCAUGGCAUGGUAUCAUCUGGAAGCCGAGUUUAAUAACUCUGGGCUCAAGUAUAUUGGUGCAUUGUUUGGUUGUGUUGUUUUGAUGAAUGUUUGCAUUUGUUUUGUUGGAGCCAUUAAGCAUGCCAUCAUUAAGAACACUGUUUUUGUUCAAGCAAAGAAUGAGACUUCACCAGAAGAGUGA